CAGGGCUGUCCUGUAAUAGGAAGCGGGCGCGGGCGCCUAGGCAAGCGGAGGUGAGAGGGAUAAGGCAGGUCUUCGCGCGCGGAACGCCCGUCCGUCUCGGGAGUCAAGGGGAAGCUCCUCGCUGGAGCGCCUUUGGAGUUUCCGCCCCAGGCAGAGAAAUGCUGCGGGCGACCUUCUUUAUUACGCAAUAGAGAAAUGAGGACAAUGGGUGGAGGAGGUGAUUUGAGGAGCUACAGCAUGCAGUUAUCUGUUUUAAGCUGUUUAACAAGGACUCUUUGCAUCAGUAAAUAUCCAGCCACGCCACAAAGUCUUCUACAAAUUUCACUGCAGUCAGCCUGUUCCUCUGGGCAGACAUGACACUCCAAGCUGUGCUAGAGACUGUAGAAAAUGGGAAGCAAGAUACUGUCCUCAAGGUGCUACAAAUCUACAACCAGGAGAAUGCUCCUUGUUUCACCUUUGAUGAUGAAGAACAGGAAGAAAGAAAGAAACUGGCCAUGCUUCUGAUCAAGUUCUUGGAGAGAGUUCUCCAGCCAUCUUGUCAAGUGACAUGCUUGGAAAGCAUACGAAUUCUGUCCCGGGAUAAAAAAUGCCUUGGCCCUUUCACCACCAUGGAAAGUUUGAAGACACUAGCCAGGCAUGCUGGGAUUGUUUACAGGGAAGAGCAAAUCCUGGAGGUUCCUGAUCUGGAUGUAAUUCUGGAGGCACUUAAAUGCCUCUGUAAUAUUGUCUUCAGUAGUCCCCGGGCUCAAGAACUGAUGUCUGAGGCUCGGUUUGUGGUGGGCCUUGCAGAUCGCAUCAAACUCUAUAAUGAGAGAAACUUCCCCCAUGACAUAAAAUUCUUUGACCUGCGCCUUCUCUUUUUAUUGACGGCACUAAGGGUGGAUGUUCGGCAGCAGGUUGCACAAGAACUUCGCGGUAUUGGUUUAAUGACAGAUACCCUGGAACUUACCUUGGGAGUGAAAUGGAUUGAUCCUCAUGAGGUAGCCGCUAAAGGGGAUCCUUCCCUACCGUUACCUCGGCAGGAGACAGAGCGUGCUAUGGAAAUCCUGAAGAUCCUCUUCAAUGUCACUUUUGAUACCAACAAAAAGGAAGUGGAUGAGGAAGAUGCUGCUCUGUACCGACGUCUAGGUGCCCUUCUCCGUCACUGCCUGAUGAUUUCAGCAGAUGGCGAUGAUCGGACAGAAGAAUUUCACAGCCAUACAAUCAAUCUUUUGGGCAAUCUGCCUCUCAGGUGUUUAGAUGUUUUGCUGACUCCCAAGGUCCACCGAGGCUCCCUUGAAUACAUGGGAGUCAAUAUGGAUGCUGUCAAUGUUCUCCUGAGUUUCCUUGAUCGACGUCUUGAUAGGGGUCACAAACUCAAGGAGAGUCUUACUCCAGUGUUGAACUUGCUGACUGAAAGUGCCCGGGUCCAUCGACAGACAAGGAAAUUCCUUAAAUCAAAGAUACUUCCUCCAUUACGGGAUGUGAAAAAUAGACCUGAGGUGGGAAACCUGCUGAGAAAUAAACUUGUACGCCUCAUGACUCAUAUUGACACGGAUGUGAAACACUGUGCUGCUGAGUUCCUGUUUGUACUCUGCAAGGAAAGUGUGUCACGGUUUGUGAAGUACACGGGAUAUGGAAAUGCUGCUGGUCUUCUUGCAGCCCGAGGCCUCAUGGCUGGGGGACAGACCGAAGGAGAAUACUCUGAGGAUGAAGAUACUGAUACAGAGGAAUACAAGGAAGCAAAACCCAACAUUAAUCCUAUUACUGGACGUGUGGAGGAAAAGCUUCCUAAUCCAAUGGAAGGAAUGACAGAUGAACAGAAGGAGCUUGAAGCAAUGAAACUGGUGAACAUGUUUGACAAACUCUCCAGACAGCAAAUCAUCAGACCAAUGGGCCUGGAUCCUGAUGGCAAUUUAAGCUCUAUCAACGUAACCUCCCUGGAUGAAGCUGUUCAUCAGAUAGCUGAGCAGAGGUUAUCAUCUGAUUCUGAUUUGGAAAUAGACUAAGUCAUCCUUUUCUAUUUCUCACAAGUCUAUGGACCUGCUACUUUCUCUAUAUAUCAGGACUGAUCUUCUGAUACAAACACCUGGAAAAAGACUUUUGGUGGCUUAGAUUCCUCCACCCAGAUCGAUCUAAUUUCUGCUUCGGCAGCCCUACAGCACUUCUUCUCUGGAAAUAUUUUUACAGCUUUGUCUUUCUGACUGUCUUUUCUCCUCAGUGUUUAAGAGUCUCACCCUCUGAUGCAUUCCAAAGUCUUUCCAGCAUAUUUGCAUGGAUGCAAGACAGGGUGAUUUCAAAUGAGCUUAUAGCACAUGGAACACUAAGAGUACAUGCAUGUAGUCAAUUGUUUAGGAAGAAAAAAAUGUAUGAAUUAGGACAUAUGUUAAUCCCUGAGCCAAGCACAACAUUUAAAACUGUCAUGGUUGACACACAGGGGAUCUGUAGGCAAAUAUGAAUGUGUAUGUAUAGUAUACAUGUCUAGAAAUAUAAAAAUGUGUGAACAAAGUAAGUGUGCAUUUUUAUGAAUGUAUUAUUUGACAAUCAAUGUAGUUGCAUAGCAUUCCUUUUCAGAACACCUUAAGGAUGGUUGGAAAUCUUCACGAAAGAGCCAUUGUUGAAAGUAUGAGCGUGUGCAUGUAUUUUGUGUGUGUGUAUCUGUGCGUGUGUGUGUAGGUGCAAGGAAGUACUUUAAAUAAAUAUGGGAAUGUAGAAUUUCCUGGGAAGAAAGGAGAACUAAAGACAGGGAAGCCAACAAUUGCAGUGAAAUGAAGAGACAGCAAGUGGACCAGCUCUUUUGGAUUCCUCUCCAGACAAGGAGAAGACUAAGGAUUGCCCAUAUAUGGUCCAGACAGUUGCUCCUCAUGAAGUGUCCAGCAAGUUUAGCACUUUGGGAGACAAGAGAGCACUAUCUCCAUCCAAGCUGCAGUCAGUGUCUUUAUAGACACAUGGUUUGCAUACUUCCUUUUUUAAUCACUUGGAAAUUGCUUACUAGCUGCUUUCAGAAUCCUUGGAACAACAGAUUUUAGAGCAAUGAGUAAGUUUCCUUCCAUCCUUAGCAAGAGAAGUUUUAAAUUAAGUUUAAGGACUUAAAAAAAUGUUUUUACUAAAUAGCACAAAAGGUUAGAACAUUGAUUUUGAAAAAUUAAAAUUGGAAUAAGGGUCCAGAUAAAUUUGAAAUAAAAUUUUGAAAUUAAUUAUAAGAAUCCUUCCCAGGGGGAAAUGCUGUCCUUUUAGAUUCUUUAAACAAAAUAUAAUAACAUUGUAAAAAUUGGAUUAUGAAGAUAAUAAAGGGGAAGAACAUUUAAACUUGACUUAUUAGUACAGAAUGGAACAAAAUAUUGUAAGAUUGGACUUUUUGAGGGAUACUUGUGAACAAUGGCUCAAAAGUUAAGUUUCAGAAUGUCUGCCGUUAUAAAAAGACUGUGUUUAAAAGAUGUUAUAGAAGAGAACAAGUUUUCCUGGAUAAGACUGAGAUGACCUAAAAGUAAUUUAAAAAUGACAGGCUACAAAAAUUAUGUAGAAAAAGAUGCUACACUGAAUAUAAAAAUAAAACCGUUUGAUUUCUUAAUAAUUAAAAGAGAUAUACAAAUAAUAAAUAAAAAGAGUGACCUGGAUAUCUUUCCUAUAUUGGACUUACAAGAGACUUGUUAAAGUUUUGAAGAAUUUUGUGAAAAGAAUUGUGAGAAUGAAAAAAAAAAUCACGUUCUAAAACAUUUGAAGGGAUCAAAAAUCAAGAUUGUUAAAAGUAAAAGGUAGAAAUAUAAAAUUGGUUUAUUUGAUUUAAGUUAAAAUAAAUGUUAUCUCUGGUAAUGCUUAAUGAAUAUUUGCUGAUCAAGGACUAAAUGAUGAAGUUUUAAGGAUUUGUUUAGAGAUGAGAUCUAGUAAAAAGAUAAUUUGCAUUUUAAGAGAAGAUAAAAAGGAUAUUAAAAUUGUUUAUGCUUGUGGUGGGAGAAGUCUUUUCUUUAUAUUUUUCCUUACUAUAUUUUUUUCUUUUCUGUAUUCUGCACUAUUUUUUCUGUUCAUUUUAUUUUUUCCUAGUUUGUAUUAGCAUUUAAAAUUUUAAUUGUAAUGUUUAAUAAAAUACCGCACAAAAUAAAAUAUGGGGAAUAUAUGGGAAAGAGAUAUAUUUUGUCCACAAUGAAGUAUAUGUAGAUACAGUAUUUGCAAUAGGACUUUGAUCUUUUCAGUCUAACACUACUUUUGUGUUCCUCCUCCUACGUGUUUAGUUGUCUGAAAUAAUAUUGCUCUUUGAACUGUUGAGACAAAAGACUGCUUUAUUUCCAUAAAUUAUCUGCUUUAUUUUCUGUAUUUCAAUACCAUUUUGCAUUCACAGGUUACUUUUAUCCUUUACCUGAAUUUAAACUUCCUAGUUUAGAAAGGAAUUCCAUUUCCCAGCUUGUUUUCAUUUUACUAGCAAUUCAAAACUUAGCACAAAUGUACAUUAAAAAUUUUCAUUGGAAUAAACAAACCCUUCCAAUACCAAGGUGUA